AGGAGAACAAAAUCAGAGAGUGAGGAAGAAAGAACGGAGGAGAGAGAAAUGGUGGGAGGGAAGAGAAGGUCAAUCUUAGUGUGUAUGGCUUUUCUAAUGUUAAUGGGUAUUGCAGUCUAUUUCAGGCUUUGGGCUAUUGACUACAAUAUUUCUUCUGAUGACACUGAGCUCUUAAGAAGACAAUUUGAUAUUGCUAACAGGGAGGCAAUGGAUGAAUCUGCUGAGUGGAGGCUAAAGUAUGAUGAGGAGGUAGAUAGGGCAAAAAAAUGUUUACAUGAACUUCAAGUGUUUCAGGAGUCCUCUAAGAAGAUGGGGGAUGCUUCUUCUGGGAUUAACCAUAAAUUGGCGAUACUGCAAAAGGAGAAUGCAGUCUUGCUUGAAAGGGUGGAAACUUUAAAACGAGAGCUUGAAGAGGAAAAGUUUAAGUGCAAUUCACGAUACAUGAACUAAUCAUGAAAGCAUUUACGCCAAGUGGAUUUUUUGUGUCACUUUAUCCUUCAGUGGUUUAUUCUUAAGCACAAAUGUUUCAAAGAUAUUUGCAGCAUACAAAAGAGUUUUCAACCAUGGAAAAAUUUGACUGUAUGAUUGAUGGUCUCAAAUUUUCACCGGCCAUCCUGGGAAUAGAAAUUACAUGAGUCACACUAAUCAUUGCGGUUUUUAUUUUUGGGGGUUGCAUUCCCCCCUGUACUUUCUUAUGGACAAAUGAUGAUGGAACUUUAUUUUAUUUUAUUUUAUUUUUUGUAUCUCCAGAUGAUGAGUAAUAGUUUACGAUGUUUCACUUUCUUUGAUGUAGACCGGUUGUCCUCUGUAUACUUCAAUUGUAUUAUGGGCUAGCAUCUUGCUAAUCCAGUUUGUCUUUUGUAACAGAUAUCCACUUUUUUUUUUUUUAUUCACUAUUGUGAUAUACUGAUACCAUAAUGAGAUCCGGAACUUGCAGCAUUUUUAUUAUUUCUUUUUUAUUUAUAGUUGAUUAACAGAAUGGA